UGACCCCUUCACGGCACCGUUCGCUGUCUGCGCGGCCAUCCCGCUCCGCUUCUCAGCUUCCUGGUCCCGGCUCCGGAGAGGUAGGGGGGCCGCGAGCCUUGAGGGGGCUGGCCUCCUCCACGGAAUGGGGGCCGCCGUCCCCCAUGGGAGAAAGCCGCGGCGCCCCCAGGGCCAGGCCCCGCCCACUCCCUGACCAGAUAACCGAGACCGCCCCGCACUCCGGUGCUCAGACGCGCCAUCCCAUCAGCCCUCCUCCGCCCCGUCGCCAUAUCUGUCCCACCUGUCCCCAGAGUCUGCUGCCUCGGGGGACGGACCCCUGCCAGGUUAAUGAAGCUGGAAGCUGGCUGCCGUGUAGCCACCUCAGAGGUCCCUAAGCCUGAAAAUGAGGCUGAGCCAGAUGUGAAGCUACUUUCAGAACACCUGCCACAGGAGGCCAGGACUAAGUCCAAGCCAGGAUCUGGGCCCGAGACUGAGACUGAGCCGUUGGACCUCGUGGUGGCCACAUAACCGGAGUUUGAGGAAGUGCUGGCCAUCUCGGGGGGCAUCUAUGGUGGCCUUGGCUAUCUUCCCAGCUGCUCCCACAUCUGGCUCCAGGACCCCAACCUCACGGUGGUGCUGGCCAAGCACACCAGGGAAGUGGUGAGAACCGAGCAGUGCCUCGGUGAAAAGGGGUCGGUGCACUUGAUCGAUGCGAAGAAGACAGCGCUGGUGGAGGGGCUGCGCCUGGAGCCCCGGGAGCGCGGUCAGGGCGUGGCCUGCCUGCUGCAGCGCUUCUGCUCGCAGCUGGGCAGGCGGCAGCGCUCAGGGGUCCAGGUGGCACAGCCUUCCAGGGACGACCAGCGGGACCCCCAGGAGCUGAAGAAAUACCUCCUAAACACCAAGCAGCACAUCCGUGCUUCUGGCAGGCGGCGCUACGGGCCUCUGGCACUCUCAAAAGCAGGUGGCGACAUGGCAAGCAUCUCAGGCGUCAACGGCAUGUGCCAGCUCUUCCUGGCGCCCCAAUUGUGGUCACAGCUGGCUUAUAUCUGCCAGGUCGGCUUGGGGCUCCAGCUGGUCCAAGGUUACACGGAGCAGUAUUUGCUGGAGGCCACUGAUCAGCCCCCUCCUAAUGCCGGCAACCAGCGGCAGAACCAGGGGGUUCAGGCUGGAGAAUUUGGUGUAGUGGAGGGCAAGUCCCCCAGCCAGUGUGAGGCUGCCUCCUAG